ACAGUGGUCAUAUGCAGAUCGCCCUGCCCACAUCCUUUGGGAGCCUGAGUAAGAGUCUCUGGACGGGGGCGCCUCUGUAAGGGGCACAUGAAGACGCUGGAGCAAUAAAGAAGUUCUAAAUGUCGCCUGAGACAGAAAGAGCUGCAGCUUAGCAGAGUUGUCAGACCUCAUUUUCUGGACAGAACAGGCAAAAUGCACAAGAAAAAGAAAAGCGUAUGUCAGCAAACCCGAGCACUUUUGUACAAAAAUGUUCUUAAGAAAUGGAGGAUGAAAAGACUGAGCUUGUUGGAAUGGGGCCUCCCCGUACUUUUAGGACUGUAUAUGGGCCUAUUGUCAUAUUUCAGAAUGAAUGACCAUAUUCCUGGAAUGCCUCCUCAGGAGCUGGGAAGGGUAGAUACAUUUAACAGAUCUUACGUAGAGGUGGUAUACACACCAGUCUCCAAUUGGACGAAGCAGAUAAUGGACAAAGUAGCAUCUGCUCCUUUUUUGAAAGGAAGAAGUGUUGUUGGGGCACAAGAUGAAAAUGCCUUGGAUAAACUUAUUUUGGACAAUACCCCAUACAGUAUGGCAGUCAUUUUUAACGAUGCUUUCUCAUACAAGUUAAAGCAUUUUCAAGGUUAUGGAAUUCCAUAUAUGAAAGAAGAACAUUUAUCAGCUCACUGCUGGAUGGGAUAUGAAGGGCUUUGGUGUACCCAGACUGUCUACUGGCUGAAUGGAUUCAUGACCUUACAAACGGCCAUAAACGCUGCUAUUAUUGAAAUCACAACAAAUCACUCUGUGAUGGACCAGUUAAUGUCGGUUACUGGUAUCAAUAUGAAGGUGUUACCUUUUCUUUCUAAGAGCCUAUUUCAAAACGAGACAUUUAUGCUCUGCUGCUUGAUUUAUUUCUCCCCGUUUAUAUACUUUGCGUCACUCAAUGUCACAAAAGAAAGAAAAAGGCUUAAGGACUUGAUGAAAACGAUGGGACUGCGAGAUUCCGCAUUCUGGUUUUCUUGGGCUUUGACCUAUGCUGGCUUCAUCUUCAUUAUUUCCAUGUUAAUUGCAAUUGUGAUCACAGCUACCAAAACAAUUGUCAUGACGGGCUUUGUGGUCAUAUUUACCCUCUUUUUCCUGUUUGGCUUGUCUCUGAUAACAUUAGUGUUCCUGACAAGUGUGCUGCUAAAGAAAAGCUCCCUCACCAGCUUGGCUGUGUUGCUCCUUACUCUCUUCUGGGGGUGUGUAGGAUUCACUGUAUUGCACAAACAAAUUCCUGCAUCUCUGGUGUGGAUUUUGAGCAUUUUUAGCCCCUUUGCCUUCACUGCGGGGAUGGCUCAGAUUAUCCAUGUGGAUUAUAAUUUAUAUGAUGGACUUUUUCCUGACUCUUCCGGGGACUCAUCUGUAGUCACAGGACCUUUUUCAAUGUUGGUUUUUGACUGUCUUCUCUACUUGGUUCUGGCGUUAUACUGGGACACAAUCUUACCGUAUGGGAAUGAGCGUCGACAUGCUCUACUAUUUUUCCUGAACUCAUCAAAUUGCAUCCAACAGCGAAGGAUUGAUAGAGCCAUUGAGAAAGAAAUAGAUCCCGAGCAUUCUCCCGAUGACUGCUUUGAGCCAGUAGCGCCAGAAUUCCAAGGAAAGGAAGCCAUCAGAAUCCGAAAUAUUAAAAAAGAAUAUAAAGGGAAGUCUGGAAAAGUGGAAGCAUUGAAAGGUUUGUUCUUUGACAUAUAUGAAGGUCAAAUCACAGCCAUCCUGGGUCACAGUGGAUCUGGCAAAUCUGCACUGCUGAACAUUCUUAGUGGAUUGUCUGUGCCCACAGAAGGAUCAGUUACCAUCUAUAACAGAAAUCUCUCUGACAUGGCAGAGCUGGAGGAAGUCCAAAAGAUCACUGGAGUUUGUCCUCAAUUCAAUGUCCAAAUUGACAUGCUCACUGUGAAGGAAAAUCUCAGGCUGUUUGCUAAAAUCAAAGGGAUUCAGCCACAAGAAGUGGAACCAGAGGUACAAAGAAUUCUAUUGGAAUUGGACAUGCAAAACAUUCAGGAUAGCAUUGCUCAAAAUUUAAGUGAAGGACAAAAACGAAAGCUGACCUUUGGAAUUGCCAUUUUAGGAGACCCUCGGAUUUUACUAUUAGAUGAACCGACGGCUGGUUUGGAUCCCUUCUCAAGACAUCAAGUGUGGAACUUCCUGAAGGAGCGUAAAUCGGACCACCUGAUUCUCUUGAGUACCAGUUUCACUGAUGAGGCGGACAUCCUGGCUGAUAGAAAAAUGGUUCUGUCCAAUGGAAGACUGAUAUGUGCGGGCUCUUCUCUCUUUCUGAAGAGACGAUGGGGUCUUGGAUACCACCUAAGUUUGCACAGAAGUGAAAUGUGUGAUCCAGGAGAAAUAACGUCCUUCCUUAAACAUCACAUCCCGGAAGCAAACUUAAAAACGGAAAGUCAAGAUAAGCUUGUGUACACAUUACCUGUAGAAAGGACCAGUGUAUUCCCAGACCUUUUCAGUGACCUGGACAAGUGUUGUGGCCAGAAAAUAAGGAGUUAUGACGUUUCCACGUCAACUCUGAGUGAAGUCUUGAUGCAACUAGAAGGGAAAUCAAUUGUGAGACAAGAAAUGCAGAAUCUGGCUAAAAGUGGCAUGGCUCUGUGGCGACUGCAAGUCUGUGCCAUUGCACGGCUCCAGUUCUUGAAGCUCAAACAUGGGAAGAGAACGCUCUUGACCUUACUAGCGCUGCUUGGAAUUGCAAUGCUGCCUUUGACUGUGGAAAAUUUACUUAUUGCCGUAUUAAAUCAAAAUGGCCACUUGGAAUUUAAACCCGAAUUGUAUUUCCUUUCUCCCGGUCAAAUCUCCAAGGAGCCGCUUACCAGCUUACUGAUCAUCAAUAACACAGGAUCAAAUAUUGAAGAUUUCAUACACUCACUGAAACGUCAAAAUAUACUUUUGGAAGUAGAUGACUUCAGAAAUAAAAAUGGCACGCAAGACCUCUCCUAUAACGGAGUCAUCAUCGUGUCGGGUAAACGGAAGGAUUAUAGGUUUUCAGUGGUGUGCAAUAUCAAGAGACUUCACUGUUAUCCUCUGCUUAUGAACAUUGUCAGCAAUGGGCUACUUGGUAUGUUCAAUCACACUGAAUCUAUUCGCAUCGAAAGAGACUCGCUGGAGUGGAUGACUUAUAGAACCUUUGAAACGGAGCUGCCAGAAAGCUUAGUCUUCAUAUUUUUGGUUGCCUGCAGCGUUGCCCCUUAUAUCGCCAUGAACAGUGUCAGCGACCACAAGACUAGAGCUCAUUCCCAACUGUGGACUUCAGGACUCUACCCCUCCGCUUACUGGUGUGGGCAGGCACUGGUGGACAUUACCCUUUAUCUUCUUAUUCUCAUUUCAAUGUUUUUGUUUUAUAAGAUAAUAUUGGUAAAUCCCAUCUAUUUGACGAAUCUAAUUGUGUUUGCUUUGGUUAUAACUACAAUUGGUUAUGCAGCUUCUCUUGUCUUUUUGACAUAUACGAUAUCAUUUAUUUUUCACAAGAGGAGAAAAAACAAUAUCGUCUUGUCGUUUUGUUUUUAUGUGAGCAUCUUCCUCACCACCAUCAUAUUCCACUGGUUUGGCAUCAUGAUCUUCAUUAUCCCCAUGAUACUGGUGCCUCCUGCUACCCUGAAUGGAUUCAUUUUAUUCAUAGAAGAGCAACACUAUAUGCAUAUUAGGACCAUCGACGACACGGAUUUCGACUUGAGUGCGGCUGAUUUUUUAGUGUGCUUAAUACCUUAUUUUCAGGCUAUGGUUUUCCUGUUUGUUCUGAGAUGGCUGGAACUAAAGUGUGGAAAGAAAAUAAUGCAAAAGGACCCUGUUUUCAGAAUUUCACCCCAAAGUACACCUGCUCAACCAAAGCGAGAGGAACCUGCAGAGGAAGAUGAAGAUGUUGCAGCCGAGCGGAGAAGGACAGCCACUGCCCUGACCACCUCAAACUUGGAGGAGAAACCAGUCAUUCUCGCCAGCUGUUUACACAAAGAAUACGGAGCCACAAAGAAAUGCUGCUUUUCCAAGAAAAAGAAGAAAAUAGCUGCAAGAAACAUCUCUUUUUGUGUGAAAGAAGGUGAGAUUUUGGGAUUGCUGGGACCCAAUGGAGCUGGUAAAAGUUCAUGUGCUAGAAUGAUAAGUGGGGUCACAAAGCCGACAUCUGGAAAGGUAGAACUGAAAGGAUCCAGUCCAGUUUGGGGUCAUCAGGCAGACAGCUUGGUCAGGUUCCUGGGGUACUGUCCUCAGGAGAAUCCGCUGUGGCCCAACCUGACCAUUCGAGAGCACCUGGAGGUGUACACAGCUGUGAAAGGACUGAAGGGCGGCGAUGCCUCGGCCGCCAUUACACGAGUAGUGGAUGCUUUCAAAUUGAAGAAGAUGCUCGAUGUGCCGGUGGAGAAAUUGACAGCAGGAACGAGUAGAAUGCUGAGCUUAGCGCUGAGUAUCCUGGGAAACUCACCAGUGCUGCUGUUGGAUGAGCCUUCGACAAACUUGGAUCCCACCAUGCAACAAGAGAUGUGGCAGAUGAUCCAGGCAGCCGUGAAAAGCUCCAGGAAGGGGGCUCUCCUGAUCACACAUUAUCUGGCUGAGGCAGAGGCUUUGUGUGACCGCGUGGCCAUCAUGGUGUCGGGAAGGCUCAGAUGCAUUGGCCCCAUCGAACACCUGAGAAGCAAGUUUGGCAAGGAUUAUAUUCUAGAAAUAAAAAUGAAGGAGCCUUCUCAGGUUACUUUGGUACACAUGGAGAUUCUGAAACUUUUCCCUCAAGCUGCACGACAAGAAAGGUCCCUCUCCUUCUUGACCUAUAAGCUACCCUUGGCGGAUGUUCAACCUCUGUCUCAGGCCUUUCAUCGAUUAGAGGCAGUGAAACACAAGUUCAACCUUGAAGAAUACAACCUCUCGCAAUGCACACUGGAACAGGUGUUCUUGGAGGUUUCUAAGGAGCAGGAACUGGAGAACGCUGAUGAAGAAGCUGGUACAAGCAUGCAGUGGAAGCUCCUCUCUCAGUCCGAUGACCUUUAAAUCCUCAAGCUUCAGAACUCUGUUGAGAUCAUGUCCUUGUCUCUUGGAUGUAAUAAUGCACCCUUUCUCCGAUUUUACAUUGCAUUUACUCUCAGUGCUAGGGACAGUUUAAAAUCAUGUUAUGGGGAGCUCUUACAGAUACCCUAACAUUUCAGAGUUCAAUCACAUCAAGCAGUCUCGUACAA